UGUGACACCGGGGUGCUCGCGGCCGGGACGCCGCGCUGGGGCUGCCGGCAGCCCGCGCUCGCUCAGCCCUGGUUUUUCUCUCCCUCCGCCAGGAGUCUGGUGAACGGGACCUUCUCCGAAGUCAAGGACAGGAUGUUCUCCCACUUGCCCUCCCUGCAGCUGCUCUUGCUGAACUCGAACUCCUUUACUGUUAUACGAGAUGAUGCCUUUGCUGGUCUCUUCCAUCUAGAAUACCUAUUCAUUGAAGGAAACAAAAUUGAAACCAUAUCAAGAAAUGCAUUUCGUGGCCUUCGAGACCUGACCCACCUUUCUUUGGCCAAUAACCAUCUGAAAACUCUGCCAAGGGAUGUCUUCAGCGAUUUAGAUUCUCUAAUUGAACUAGAUUUAAGGGGAAAUAAAUUUGAGUGUGACUGCAAAGCCAAGUGGUUGUUUUUGUGGUUAAAGAUGACAAAUUCCACUGUUUCUGAUGUCCUGUGUAUUGGUCCAGCAGAAUAUCAGGAUAAGAAGUUAAAUGAUGUGACAAGUUUUGAUUAUGAAUGCACCACUACAGGUAAUGUAAAGCAUGGAGACCGAAGUGAAGAGAUGCUUGCAUAUUUUGUUGUUCACCAGAUUUUGCCCUACCAGUCAGUGUCAGUGGAUACAUUCAACUCUAAGAACGAUGUGUUCGUAGCCAUUGCACAGCCUGGCAUGGAGAACUGCAUGGUGCUUGAGUGGGAUCAUAUUGAAAUGAAUUUCAGGAGUUAUGACAACAUCACAGGUCAGUCCAUAGUGGGAUGUAAAGCCAUUCUUGUUGGUGACCAAGUCUUUGUGGUGGUGGCACAGCUCUUUGGUGGCUCACACAUUUACAAGUAUGACGAGAGCUGGACAAAGUUUGUCAAAUUCCAGGAUAUCGAAGUGUCUCGCAUUUCGAAGCCAAAUGAUAUAGAGCUUUUUGAGAUAGACAGUGAAAUGUUUUUUGUCAUAGCAGAUAGCUCCAAAGCAGGUUUGUCAACAGUGUACAAGUGGAAUAACAAAGGAUUUUACUCAUACCAGUCCCUUCACGAGUGGUUCAGGGACACCGAUGCUGAGUUUCUUGAUAUAGAUGGGAAAUCACAUUUGAUCCUCUCUAGCCGCUCGCAGGUUCCCAUUAUACUCCAGUGGAACAAAGCUUCAAAGAAGUUUGUCCCACAUGGUGAAAUCCCCAACAUGGAAGAUGUCCUGGCUGUGAAGAGUUUCAGGAUGCAAAACAACCUGUACAUCACGCUCACAAGAUUCAUUGGGGACUCCAGAGUUAUGAAAUGGAAUAGCAAACAGUUUGUGGAGAUACAGGCUCUUCCAUCCCGAGGAGCCAUGACGCUGCAGCCUUUUUCCUUUAAGAAUAAUUACUACCUAGCCCUGGGAAGUGACUAUACCUUCUCCCAGAUAUACCAGUGGGAUGGUGAAAAAAAGCUCUUUAGGCUAUUUAAAGAAAUCUACGUGCAAGCGCCACGUUCUUUCACAGCUGUGUCAACGGAUCGAAGAGAUUUUUUCUUUGCCUCUAGUUUUAAAGGAAACACACAAAUAUUUGAACAUAUAAUCAUUGACUUGAGUUUAUGAAAAGCUGCUGGAAUGAAAUUCCUGUAGAAUGACAUUUAUGUACAAGGAAAACAGAGACCUUUCCAAGAACAGGGUGUACCUAUGGAGUAUGAUGACAUUUUCUGAACUUUUAAAACUUGCAUAUUAAUCAGGGAAUGCAUUUACUUGAUUGCUGCAUGACAUGUCUGUUUUAUCUUUUUCAAAGACAUUUUGCAACCUGCAGCCAUUCAGAGGAGAGUGCAGUGCAUUAGAAUUAAUUUUGAUAUCUCAGAGAAUGAUCUAAAUUCUACCCAGGAAAAUACCAUAAAUUGGACGUCUCGUAGAGAAAGCGACAAGGAAGCCGUACCAUUCUUGUGCCAAAGCACAGAAAUGCUUUUGAGUCUUAAACUAACAUCUCAGAAGAGGUUUUAAGAUUAGAGGCGGUUCUUUAUGUGGUUGCUGAUGAAUUGUAAAAGCAAACGGUAACAUUCCAGAAUACACUUUAUUCUGGUUUCUUGAGCUCUAUUCUCAAAAUCUGCGUCUGUUUGUGUCUAUAACAAGACCAGGACAUUGUUUUAACUCACUGCAGAUGAAAUGGAAGUCAAAAUCUGUUACUAUCUUUCUUAAUGACUGUUUCAGCAACAAAUUGUGUGUAGCAAAUAGCUCAGCCCAGAGUACUUGGGUGGCCAGGAAAUAAAGGUGUGUGGCUUCUA